AUGCCGUGCAGCUGUUCAUGUGUCCUUUGCGGCAAGGACGCGUUGCCAGUGGCCCCUGCGCCAAGCUGUGCCGGGGACACUUGCACGAGCAAGCGCUGCUGCCGCACCUUUGCCUCCGGCUUCGCUGCGGAGCAGCUGCCGCUGGCCGUCACAGCCGUGGCCAACGAGGGCUCGCAGGGUGGGAUGCUUUACUUCAAAGGCACUGCUCCCAAACUCGCGGAACAAGGCUUUGCCUUCCGCCUCAGUGGCGGCACUGGCAUGGAACUCGCGCAGGGCGCUGCCAAGUUUACAGCUAUGGCAUACCUCAAGUUGCACCCGAGCACGGACGACAGCGCUGGAAAGGAUCAACCGGUGCUGCGGAGGGAUGGCGGGUACCAGGGAGCGGCGCUCUGGGAGCUGGUGGCAACGCCUUUGAAGCAAUUCAAGCUCCGGGCCACCAAGGAUACUGGGCCGGCGGUUGCGACCUGCACUUGCCCUUCGGUCUUGGAGGAUGUCUGGACGCAUGUUAUGGUCCGGCACGUGGCCGGCGCAUUGCAGCUGCUGUUGGGCGGACAGCUCUGCUGCGAGGCCAAGGAGAGCACUUGGCUGGAUGCUGCGCUGGGCAAAAGCAGCACAACCUGGUUGGCCAAGGGCAUCACCGCCGAUCUGCACAUGGUCCAGCUUUGGGAUGAAGCCAUCUCAGACGCGGAUGCCACAAGCCUGGUGAGCCGAUACACGCAGGCUGUGGCCAGUUGGCUCCCUCAGCAGCAGCUGACUUGCGUGGAAGAUCUGCUGGGCAGCUUUCCAAGCAGUUCCUUGGCAUCCUGCAAGCUGGCCUGCGAGCAGCAUGGCGCCUGCCGCUCCGUGCUGUUCGAAGCCUCCAAGGAUGGUGCCAAUGGCACCUGCAGCCUGCGGGAUCGCUGGGUCUGCCCGCACAACCAGGACUGCAGAUGCAGGUGCGGCCCGAGCAGCACCACGCUGGCGGCCAACUACGACCCGGGCUGCCGGGGAGCUUUCGACUGGCGCUUCACCGUGGACACCACGGACAACGCCGUGGCCUUCACAGAGCUAGCGCUCUAUGGAAAUCAGAAGGCGCUUCAGGGCCGGGUGCUGGAUGAGGAGUCCAAAGAGGUGACUGGCUGUGCGUUAGCAGAUGGCAGUGGGGCCGGCACAGGCUGUGAGAUGCAUGCGGCUGCACUCGGCGGACUUUGGGAGUACAGGUUUGCUGCAUGCUCUGCGCCGUCAUCGCUAGUGGUGGCGGCACAGGCCGGGUCUUUCAGCCUGAACGUCAGCUACUCCACGCCCACCGGGGACUGGAAAUUGUGUGCGCAGACCUUCGGAGCCAAGGGCUCCCUUUCGACCAGCCUGGGCUGCGUGCCGGCGGCAAAGCCCUGGUGGCAGCACUAG